GAAACAUUUGACGGUGUCGUCAUGCCAUACGAUGUACAGAAAGGGAUAAGAUUGAUUAUUCACUCCAAUCAAACAAUAUAUCGAUAGCCAGUUGGCCAUGAAACUUCACUACAUCAUAACAAGUCUAAAACUAUAACUCCUACCGAUAACAGAUUCUCGGAUAUAUUAUGGCUCAAACAAUGAAAGAUCAGACAACCAAGAGGAUGGCGGUCGUGACGGGGGCUAAUAAGGGGAUUGGAUUAGAAAUAUGUAGACAAUUAGCCUCCAAUGGAAUUACGGUGGUAUUAACAGCUAGAGAUAAGAAACGCGGCGUUGAAGCUGUUGAGAAACUUAAAACUUUUGGACUUUCAGAUGUAUUUUUCCACCAGCUUGAUGUCACGGACCCUGCUAGCGUUGCUUCCCUAGCAGAAUUCAUCAAGGCACAUUUCGGGAAGCUUGACAUAUUGAUUAAUAAUGCAGCAAUUAUUGGAACAACAAUCGAUGAGAAGGGUUGGGAAACUGUCCAAUUUGAUCUUGAUGCGGUUUUACGUGCCAAGGUUAAAUUGCUUAAGGAAGGUACUAAGGAAAGCUACGGGGAGGCAGAAGCUUGUCUAAGAACAAACUAUUAUGGUGUUAAGCAAGUGACAAAAGGACUUUUACCUCUUCUCCAGCAAUCAAAUUCAGCCAGAAUUGUAAAUGUCUCCUCCAUAUUCGGGCAGCUGCAGUUUAUGUCCCAUGAAAGAACUAAGGACGAGUUGGGAGAUAUUAAUGGGCUUACAGAAGAAAAAGUGGACGAGGUGGUGAAGGGACUUUUGAAAGACGCAAAGGAGGGUUUGCUAGAAACUAAAGGUUGGCCUAUAAAUCUCCCUGCUUACACGGUAUCCAAGGCAGCUCUUAAUGCCUACACGAGGAUUUUGGCAAAGACAUAUCCCAAUAUUGUCAUUAAUGCAGUGCAUCCUGGAUAUGUGAAAACAGAAAUAAAUUGUAACACUGGAAUACUGACUGUUGAAGAAGGUGCAAAAGGUCCUGUGAAAUUGGCUCUCAUGACUAAUGGUGGCCCUUCAGGGCUUUAUUUCAGUGGCACGGAAGUAUCGACUUUUUAACGAAUGAAAUGUAAUAGAAUUUAGAAUAAGGGUUUAAAUAUCUUUGUAUACAGAUGGCCAGAGGAGAAAUAAAACUCAACGCUACUAGUUUUUAUUUUUUGUAUGUC